CUUGUUUCAGAAAACAUAAGAAUUAGACAUUUUAAAAAUAAAAUGAAGGCAGGAUUUUCAACCGGUUCGUUACGAAAAGGAACUCGAAAAUCUGAUGGUAGAAAGACUAUCAAAAGCAAUAAAAAUGAAGAUGAAUUUUCAAACCGUUUAACAAAUUCAACUAUUUUCCAACAAACUAUUGAUUCAGCUGAUCAAUAUGCAAAAGAUGUGGCUAAGGAUCUAGAACUCAGGAAAGAAUUAAGAGUAAUCGAUUACAGUGAAGAUGUUACCCCCAAACUUAUUGAAUCUGAUGAAAAAGGUAAGAAAGGUUUGCAGCAGCUUCAAGAACAAGCUGAAGAAUUUUUCAAAACAAUAAUGCUUAAGAAACUUGAUUUUACUGACUUCGGUGCAAUGGAGCGAACUAGUUUGGGAGGAGCCUUAGGGGUUUCCAUGGACGAAAUUGUUAAUGGAAUAUCUCAGGGCCUUUUUAUAUUGCAUGAAAAUUCAACACAGUCAUCAUCGAAUCAGCCGAGAGAAGUUGAAGGACUCGGUGAGAAGAAGCAAAAAUUCUCGCCAUUCAUCAAAAUUUACUUGAGACAAACCAAAGAUAUUCUACUCUUCGAACAAAGAAGCACAACAGUGCCUUUUGGUACCGAGGAUGCUGAACGGGUGGAAAAAGAAAACACAGCCUACGACUACAUCACCAAAGGCAAGGGUCGUCUUCGGCGUAAGGCAGAUUCUGAAGCCCAGACAACAAAUGUUCUCUACAAAUCAAGAGAUGUUAAUACCGAUACGAUUAGAAAAAUCAAUGCUGCAUCAUAUGUGUCAAACUUUGACAUGUUUGACACAUAUCAUCAGUUUCAACCGGUCAAAUCCAGUCUCAAGAUGGAUGACUCAAAAUCGCUAGAUGUCAUGACCUACAAAGUAGGUGGUGUUGAUCCGUGUGAACAGAUAGGACUGUUGCCUGAGUUUAAUAUUGCGCAGAUGGUGACUCAGCGGAUUUUGGCUGGGAAUGUCUUCAAAGAGCAACAACGCCGCUUCCGGAAUAUGUACAUGCCUGACCCAUUGUCAAUGAACGUUAAAUACUUGUAUAGAGCCGAGGUUCUUUGGACAUUAUGGCCAAGAUCGGAGGAUAAAGAACGACUUGCAGUGAGUUGCAUGAGCUGGUGUCCCUCAAACGGAGACAUCUUGGCAGUUGGCAAUGGAGUCUUCAGUUGUGCUCCGGAGUAUUCUCCAAAACGAGGCUAUGUCUGCAUUUGGAGCAUCAAAAAUCCAGUAAAUCCAGAGAAGUUUUUCGAAUACAAAUCCUCUGUGGUAUCGGUUGAAUUUUCACCUUUCAGACCACAACUCUUAGCUAUCGGCUUGUAUGAUGGACGUGUCGAAGUUCGAGACAUAACCAUCAAUCGCGAAUGUAUCGUUGCAAUCUCACAAAGAGAGUCAUCUCCCGGAUACCAACCAGUGACUGAUAUUAAGUGGAUUCCUUUGGACGCUGGAGAAACCUCCGAAAUUGAGCCUUUUCUUGCUGUGUCUCAAGAUGGCAGCGUGAUGAAAUAUCGGAUUAUUAACAGUCCCCAUCUACUUUCCUACUGUCAUGCAGUGCUUAAUCGAGUCGAAGGUUCUCCGGAGGGAAUUCCAGUGGAGCGUCCUUCCAACGCUUUGGAAGCUGUUCGCCAACCCCAAUUAUUGGGAAUCACUUUGGAUCCUCUAGUUGAAGAUAUAUUUUAUGUGAUCUCAAAUGAGGGUGUUAUUUACAAAUGCUCAACAAACUAUCCGCAGCAACAUUUGAGCUUGUGGCAAACACACGAAGGACCAGUUUAUUACAUGGAGUUCUCACCUUGGUCACCAAAAUUAUUUCUCACUUGUGGUGAUGAUUGGUGCAUUCGAAUAUGGAUAGAUGGAAUUUUCAAACCCCUCAUAACGUUGACGGACAGUUUUAGCCCGAUAAAUUGUGCCUGCUGGAGUAAGACCCACUCCACUGUAAUUGUGUCGAUAAAUAGAAAAUACGUAGAAAUUUGGGACAUCAGACGAAGUACUUUGAAGCCAAUGUCAUCUAAAAGAUUAGAAAGACCUUAUAACACAAUGACCAAGUUUUCAAAUUGUGGCCGUUCGAUUGCUGUGGGAAACGAACAAGGUGCUACCUUUGUGUGUGCCUUAGAAGAUAUGCCAUUUCCACCACAUUUUCAAUAUGAAGAAUUGGAAAAAGCUAUUUCUGAUGCCUUGAUGCCAUACCCAGACUUAGGUGCAGAGUUUAAGAGCGUCGGAUAUUUUGGCUAUCCGAAGAAAAAAAAAUUUCAUUGAUUUUAUGUUUUUUUUUUAGUUUAAAUAUUAUUUUCCUAUAUUUUCAAAAUGUUAAAUUAUGAUAUUCUAUGCAAUUUAAUGAAAACUAAAUAUAGUCUUUUUUAAUGUAUCU